UGAGCCUGUAUAAUCCGUGUAAGACCAAUCCUAUGUUGUGGAUCGUGUGCUUUGAGGCUCGAUCGAAAGGGAAAAGCAGCCUAUCAUGGUCUUGACAUUAUCGAUUCGGAAAUACGGAGGCAUCGACAAGGCAGAAUGGCGAGCACGAACUUCGGACGCCGCAUGAUCAGAAAUUGCGGACCGCGAAGGCUACCAAAAUUUGGAUAUUUAAAGCACAAGAGGAAGGGGCCCUACCCCACCAGCAGAAUCGAGAAGAACCCAGCUUUCCAUCGAAUAACCUCGUCCGACAAGAACUGUUCGAAAACAACUUGUUACAAAAGACUCCAUUCAGCCAACACAAGUCAACCUACCUCAGUGGAAGGUCCUGUAUCAUCGCCAUCAAGACUCGUUUUAACGCCUCAGCUGCAACCUGCCCCGGUCGGUCUCCUGCUACCAUGUGUGGCGGGACCGACUUUAACUUACAGCGUUACUAGCCCCUCAUGCAAGAUAUGUCGGGUUCCGACUUUCUUUAAAGUUGUCAAACCGUGGAACCAAAACGGGCACAGUGGCCGGAGUUAUUAUUCAUGUGGAAGGUGCGGAACAUUCCGUAGCUGGGCUGAUUCGAUAGGCAUCUCUGGCAAGAACCCACGGUGUCUGUGUAAUCAGCCAAGCAGGUGGGGUAAAAGUGGCAGGGAAAAGCAGCGCGGAAAAGCAGCGCAAAGGAUUCUUUAAUUGUGCUACAGGCGACUGCAGCUUUUUUUGUGGAAGCACAUGCCGAGAUCUGUAUCCCUUCCAUGCCUGAGCUACAGGAUGGAGCGUAACCUAAUGACUUAAAAUAUAACUACGGU